AUGACUACGACCGCCAGCCUGCGCAUCUUGCUCAUCGGCAAUGGAGGGCGCGAGCAUGCACUGGCAUGGAAAUUAAGCCAGUCCCCUCUGGUCGAUUCCAUCUUUGCUAUUCCUGGCAAUGGUGGCACUGCCAGUUGCCCCAAGGUUACCAACAUUGCCAACAUUGCCGCCGACGAUUAUCCCGCUCUUGUCGACUUUGCUCAAUCCAAGUCCAUUAACCUUGUUGUUCCUGGCCCUGAAGCACCUCUUGUCGAUGGAGUAGAGGCCUAUUUUCGUGCCGCCGCCAUCCCCUGUUUUGGCCCUUCCAAGGAGGCUGCCCAGAUGGAGGGCAGCAAGACCUUCUCCAAGGAUUUCAUGAAGAGGCACAACAUCCCCACGGCUGCUUAUGAAAAUUUCUCCGACUACGAUAAGGCAGUUGCCUAUCUCGACCGUAUAUCUCACGACGUCGUUAUCAAGGCUACUGGCCUAGCAGCGGGUAAGGGUGUUAUCAUUCCUACCACCAAGGAGGAAGCCAAAGAGGCCCUCAAGCAAAUUAUGCUGGAUAGAGCUUUUGGUUCUGCUGGAGAUGAGGUGGUCAUAGAGGAGUUUCUGACUGGCGACGAAUUAAGCAUCCUCACUUUCAGCGACGGUAAUCACACCUUGUCCCUUCCUCCCGCCCAGGAUCACAAAAGGAUUGGUGACGGAGACCAGGGUCCCAACACUGGUGGAAUGGGCUGCUAUGCUCCAACUACUAUUGCUACCAAAGAGCUUAUACGCCAGAUCGAGCUCGAAGUUGUACAGCCAACCAUCACUGGCAUGCGCAAGGAGGGUUACCCAUUCAGGGGUGUUCUGUUCACCGGUCUUAUGAUCACCAAUCAAGGUCCCAAGGUGCUUGAGUACAACGUAAGAUUUGGCGAUCCUGAAACACAGACUGUACUUCCUCUUCUCUCUCAUGACACGGAUCUUGCUGAGAUUAUGCUUGCCUGCACGGCGCAUGAGGCUCGUCUCGACUGUGUCAACAUAAAGAUUGAAAACAAGUACAGUGCAACAGUCGUUGUGGCGGCGGGAGGCUACCCAGGCUCUUAUGCGAAGGGAACUCCUAUGGUGGUCAACCCAUCCGCGUCGCCAGAUAUCACUGUUUUCCAUGCGGGAACAAAGCUUUCUCCGGAAGGUCAGCUGCAGACCUCGGGUGGCCGUGUCAUUGCGGUUAAUGCAACCGCCGAAUCACUCGAAGCAGCAGUUAAAAAGGCCUAUGAACAGGGAGUCACGCUCAUCAACUUUGACAAGAUGUAUUAUCGCAAGGACAUUGCUCACCGUGCGUUUCGGUCACAACAGCAAAGAGAGGCCUUGACUUACGCUGGGGCUGGCGUUAGUGUUGACGCAGGGAACGAAUUUGUCGAACGCAUCAAGAAGGCAGUACGUGCCACAAAGCAACCGGGUGCUGACGCCGAAAUCGGCGGGUUUGGCGGCGAGCUUGACCUGGCCAAAUGCGGCCUUCAGCUCGAGGAUGGCCAGCUACCUGUUGUGGUUGGUGCCAUUGAUGGCGUGGGGACCAAACUUAUGAUUGCACAAAAAAUGGGCAAGCACGAUACUGUUGGCAUUGAUCUGGUGGCCAUGAACGUCAACGAUCUGGUAGUCCAAGGUGCCAGGCCCUUGAUGUUCUUAGAUUACUACGGCUGCAGCAGGCUUGAUUUGAGCACUGCGGCAUCUUUUGUUGAGGGUGUAGCAGCUGGCUGUAUCGAUGCGGGAUGCACGCUUGUAGGUGGCGAAACAGCGGAGAUGCCCGGCAUGUAUCAGAAGGACGACUAUGAUGCUGCCGGUUGUGCAUUUGGCGUCAUGAUCAACAGCCAGAGGUUGCCUCGUAAGGAUGAUAUGACCCCUGGCGAUAUCCUGCUUGGUUUGGCCUCUAGCGGUGUUCAUUCUAACGGUUUCUCUCUUGUUCGCCGCAUUUUGGAGCGGGAAGGACUUGCAUAUAGCGAUAUUUCCCCCUGGGAUGCGGGCAGGACUGUCGGUGAGAGCCUUCUGACACCCACCAAAAUCUACGUCAAGAGCCUGCGCGGUGUCAUCGAAAACCGGCUCGUCAAGGGCCUUGCUCAUAUUACAGGAGGCGGUCUGAUUGACAAUGUGCCUCGUAUGUUGCCCGACCACCUGGCGGCCGAGAUUGACUUGAACGCGUGGGAAAUGCCCGCCAUAUUCAAGUGGCUGAAGUCGAGCGGCAAUGUCGAGCCAUACCAGAUGGUUCGCACUUUCAACACUGGCGUGGGAAUGGUGGUGGCAGUGGAUGCAGCUCUGGAAAAGGAAACUAUUGCGGUACUGGAGGCUGCCGGCGAGAAAGUUAUCCGUCUGGGACACCUUGUACAACGGUCUGGCGAGGACCCGCAAUGCAAGGUGCUUAAUCUGGACACAUGGGUAUGA